AUGGCGGCUUCCACUAUAGCUCCCCCUCCGCGCGCAUGCGCUGUAGCCAGCUCAAGAGGCGCCCAGCUCCCCGAGUUUAGGAAUAACAGGCGGUGGCCGCAGCCCGGCCUCGCCCUCCCUCCCAUCCACGCUGAGUGGUUCGGUCCGCAGCCGGCCGGGCGAGUCCAAGUCGGAGGGAGCGACCCAACCUGUCUAAGCCCGAAUGGUGCGGUCCUGAGCCGCGGGCGGAGCGGGCGGCACCAAGUGAGGGGCCCCCGGGGGAGGGAGGAGCUGCCGGCGGCCAGUGGAGCAGGGAGAAGCUCCAAGAUGGCGUCGGCCGGCCCCGAGUCUGGGGGCAGCAGCAGCAGCAGCGCCGGCAUCGCGGGAUCAGCAACCUUCAAAAAAUCAUUCACUUCAGAGAUGUCUGGUUCUUCUGGACAGCCUGGCUCACAGACAAUAAAGAAAGGUCAUAGAGGAGUAGAUUCCACUGGUGAAACUACAUAUAAAAAGACUACGUCAUCGGCCUUGAAAGGUGCCAUUCAACUGGGCAUCACCCACACAGUGGGAAGCUUGAGCACCAAACCAGAGCGAGAUGUUCUCAUGCAAGACUUCUAUGUAGUAGAAAGUAUUUUCUUCCCAAGUGAAGGGAGUAACCUGACCCCAGCUCAUCACUACAAUGACUUCCGGUUUAAAACCUACGCUCCUGUAGCAUUUCGCUACUUCCGGGAACUGUUUGGAAUACGGCCAGAUGACUAUCUGUACUCGCUCUGCAGUGAGCCGCUCAUUGAGCUCUCCAACUCCGGGGCCAGUGGUUCCCUCUUCUACGUAUCCAGUGAUGACGAGUUCAUCAUUAAAACAGUUCAGCACAAAGAAGCAGAGUUCUUGCAGAAGCUGCUGCCGGGUUACUAUAUGAACUUGAAUCAGAAUCCUCGGACACUGCUGCCUAAGUUCUAUGGCCUGUACUGCGUGCAGGCCGGAGGGAAGAACAUCCGCAUCGUAGUGAUGAACAACCUGCUGCCCCGCUCUGUGAAAAUGCACCUCAAGUAUGACUUGAAAGGCUCCACCUAUAAACGUCGAGCAUCCCAGAAGGAGCGGGAGAAGGUCUUCCCGACAUACAAAGACCUGGAUUUUAUGCAGGACAUCCCCGAUGGCCUGUUCCUAGACUCUGAUAUGUACAAUGCCUUAUGCAAAACACUACAGAGAGAUUGUUUGGUUCUGCAGAGUUUUAAAAUCAUGGAUUAUAGUUUGCUUGUGGCUGUCCAUAACAUUGAUCAGGCACUGAGAGAGCGUGCGAUAAUGGAUGGGACGGCCCAGUCGGACACGCGAAGGCCAGCUACCCAAAAAGCUCUCUACUCCACUGCUAUGGAGUCUAUCCGAGGAGAGGCCCGGCGAGGCGGCACCAUAGAGACUGACGACCAAAUGGGAGGCAUUCCAGCCCGGAAUUCAAAGGGGGAAAGACUGCUUUUAUAUAUUGGUAUCAUCGAUGUGCUACAGUCCUACAGAUUCGUUAAGAAGUUGGAGCACUCAUGGAAAGCAUUGGUGCAUGACGGGGACACUGUGUCUGUGCAUAGGCCCAGCUUCUAUGCAGAAAGAUUUCAACGAUUCAUGUGCAACAUUGCAUUCAAGAAAAUACCAUUAAAACUUUCUCCUUCUAAAAAGAGCCGGUCUGGCACAACCGUUCCUCGGAGGACGGGUCAGGGCGGAGCCCCUUACCAAUCGCAUGCAUCGUGUGAAACUAAAGCACAAGUAACGGCAGAAGCAGAUGUGGAGCAAGGUUCGCAUCUUGGUCGCCCUGAUCUCCUUCCCAGAACUCCUCCAGUAGACGAAGCUAACAGUGAUUCCAUAGCAACAACCUUGUCCACUUCUUCGUUGGGCAGUGGAGGCCUUAACUCUCCAGCCAACAGGUCAGUGGGAGUGCAAGUUCACAAAUCUGAAACCGCGCCAAAAGGUUUGGCUAGAACAGCUCCUGCCAUCUGCUCAAAUAGGUCAGUGGGAGUUCAAGUUCACAAGUCUGAAAACUCUACAAUUAGAACAAUUCUCAGCUUCCGCUCCAAUAGGUCAGUGGGACUGGAAGUUCACAGCUCAGAAAGCUCCACAGAGGAUGUAGCUAGUUCAGCCCUGAGUAACCACUCAAAUAGUGGCUCCGCAGGGCCUUCCGUAACAGAACGCUCCUCAGAACAUUUUGAAGACGUGCAAGAGACCGAGAUAAGCUUUUGAAAUAACAGAGGGACGGUUGUGAUGUGAGCAGAAGAUUUCUCUCUACUCUGCGUGGGCCGUAGUCUGACAAACAUUCAGCCCUUGCGGCUGAUCUUAGAAACCUUAUCCAGACAGAAUCCAUAGAAGCUGGAAGGCUUGGGACCUACUUAGUGUCAUAGUAGUAUUAACAGUGGCUGAGCCCAGAGCAACCUCCUCUUCUGCAAAACAGCCCUCAAGCUGUGGCUGGUUGCAUCUCGUUUUUCUGCUGCUGUCCUCUCUUCGAAGACUGGCCAGGAGCAAGGCUGCUCAUCUCCAAGGAGGAGCAGGAGCUGCUCCGUGCAGGCCAGAGUCCUCUGGAGAAAAGGAGCUGGCUUUGGGGGAACUGGUUACCUAGGAUUGAGGACCUCACAAACCUUGCAAGAACAAUGGUCAACUAUGAAGAGCACCCAGGGGAAAUGGACAUUGGAGCCUUGUUGGAACCGUUUUUGCAACAGCUCAACAUGGUGUUUGGUUUUUAUAUUAAUUUAAGUUUCUUUAAUUCAGUCAUAUCGUUUCUUUUAGGCUGCGACAAUUAUCUAUUCUUUUUUAAAAUAGUUUUAUCAGUGUUUCACCAAAAAUGUCCUGCAGAAGGGGGAGCGACUGUUUUUUUUGGUCACACAUGAAAGGUAUUGAUCAUGGAUGUCUUUUCUAUAAACUAAUUUUGAGUGCAGCAGUCUAAUGCAUUUAUGACAUUGCAUCAUCAUCAUCCUGAGAAGGUGACCUGGAACAGACCCACCCACAAGACUUUAUCAUGGCUUGGUGCUUGAAGGAUUUGGAAUGGGCCACGCUUUUAAGAUGUCAGAGAGGUUUUUGCAUUGCUUUGUCCUGUUUUAAACUACUCCUUUAUUCUCUCAUCCUCACACAGAAUGAGAAGCAACAGAGAUUUCGGGAGAUCUUGGUGCCUGGCGCAUUUUUAAGCCUUCAGUGUUUCUUAAGCAAAUGGACCAAACCGAUCCUGCUUGGUUUUUUUCCCAGUAUUAUGUGUCCUUCUUGGGACACAACUUGUAAAAUCUGCUUUUUUUU